AUGUCUUCAUCAUCAUCGGUCGAUACUAAAAAAGGAAAAUGGUCAAAAGAAGAGGAUGAAAUAUUAAAAGCAUAUGUGGAAAAACAUGGAACCAGAAAUUGGGACGAGGUAUCAAAGAACACAGGACUUGCACACUUCGGAAGAAGUUGCCGUUUUAGAUGGUAUAAUAACCUAAGACCUGGUGUAAAAAAGGGUCCAUUUAGUAAAGAAGAAGAAAAUAAAGUCUUUCAGUUACGUAAGAAGUUUGGUGGAUUCAAAUGGUCUAAAAUCGCUCGCGAGUUGCCUGGAAGAACCGAUAAUGACAUCAAGAACUUUUGGAAUGCGAGAAAGAGAAAACAUAAAAAGUGUGGCUUGUCACCCUUCCCUGACAACAUGGAACUGGAUGAUGAGUUGAAUGGUGGUUCCAGUGGCCAACAAGUUGAGGAUUCUCAAGAAAAUAACUUUGAUGUCUCAAAUAAGCAGUUUUCAAAGUUGGUUGAUGAUUCAAAUAUGUUCUACAAUAAUGUGGGAAGUACUUCUACAAGCAAUCAUACUACCUCGAGAUUGAUUGAUAGGGGUGGCGCUGGAAUUUCACCUAUACUUUUGACUAUGCAAUCUGAUCUGCCUCCACUCCCUCAGAAUCCACCACCUAUGGAGACUCAAUAUCAGAUGUCAGGAUCAAUUUCUCCAUAUACAGAAGAGAAUUGGGAAGGUUUGGAUGCUAGUCGCGUGAAUUCCUCUAAGAUAAAUUUUGUUGAUGAAGAAGGGAAGAAGCCAGUUUCUUCGGAGAACGAUUUUGAAGGAAACCAUAACGACUUAAUUGCUACAGAUAUUUGGUUUAACUAUGACUUAUAUGAAAAAGACAUUAACAACUUACAUGACAAGCUUCAGCAUGAUGUAAAUGAUUCCUUGGACACAACUAUGUAUGGAAAAGGGGAGGAGCCAGUUUCUUCGGAGCAUGAUUUUGAAGUAAACCAUGAUGACUUAAUGAAUCCGAAACUUUGGUUUGACAUCAACGAAUUACUCAAUGACGAUGACAAUAACUUUGAUCAUGACAAGCUUCCACAACUAUAUAUGGAGAAGGCAUAG